GGAUAAGAUAUGAUUGAGAUAUGAUCAGAGGUGAAAUCCACGAAUCUGUAGAUUCGAAAACUCAAUAAUUAAUUUUCAGAUUCGUGUGAAAAUCGAAAACUUUGUAUUGCUAAAUGAAUAAAGAAAUUCUAGCUUACCUCACCUUUAUAAUGUACCGAGUGACAAAACCGUCUUCUCCCUGAGCUCAUUUCAUUUCAUACGGCGAAGUUCCAAGAAAAAGAUAACCAUGUCGAGAUGACUACCACAACCUCCUAUCUUCUAUCAUCUUCAUCAUCAUCAGCGCCUCUGCACACGUUUAAGGUCCUUAGACGCACACUCUGGAACCGAAUCUUUGCUCUGAUUUUCACAUUAGCAAUCUUAUCUUUAUUUGUGCAUCAUUUCAUAUGUCUCUUAGGUUCCACAAACACCACAACUUUCUUCCUUCACUUCACCUUAUUAUUCUCCGAUGUGAUACUCUCGUUCAUGUGGGCGACCACACAGUCUUUCCGUUGGCGUCCCAUCCGUCGAUCUGUGUACCCCGAGAACCUUAUUCAAGUAACCAGGGAUCGUGAUUUUCCAAAGUUAGAUGUGUUCAUAUGUACUUCCGAUCCGUAUAAAGAACCACCUAUGGGUGUCGUUAACACGGCUUUAUCGGUAAUGGCUUAUGAUUAUCCAUCCGAUAAGAUAUCGGUAUAUGUAUCAGACGACGGAGGAUCGGAGUUGACUCUUUUUGCUUUCAUGGAAGCUGCUAAGUUUGCUACUCACUGGUUGCCUUUCUGUAAGAAGUAUAGAGUUGAAGAUAGGUGUCCUGCUGCCUAUUUCAGUUCAAGUCAUUGCAGGUCAACCACACACGCUGAGGAGCUUAAGAUGAUGUACGAAACUAUGAAAAUGAAAGUAGAAAGCGUUGUUGACAGAGGGUGUGUUGGUGAUGAGCACAUCAAAACUGAUAAGCAGCGUGAAGCUUUCAAUUGGUGGGCACACGGAUUUACACGUCAAGGUCAUCCUACUGUAGUCCAGGUUCUAUUAGAGACUGGUAAAGACAAGGACAUCACAGGUGUCGAGAUGCCAAACCUAGUUUAUGUUUCGAGACAGAAAAGUAAAGCCUCACACCACCACUUUAAAGCUGGUGCUCUAAAUGUUCUGCUUCGAGUAUCGGCUGCCAUGACAAAUGCACCAUUAAUCCUGACGUUAGAUUGCGACAUGUAUUCAAAUGAUCCUACUACUCCCCUUCAAAUGUUAUGCUUUAUGUUGGAUUCGAAGAUGUCAAAAUACGGUUAUGUUCAAUUCCCUCAACGCUUUCAUGGGAUUAAUAAGAACGACAUCUAUGGAGGUGAAAACAAACGUUUGUUUCAAAUUAAUCCAAUUGGUAUGGAUGGUUUAGCGGGAACCAAUUACGUAGGUACAGGGACUUUUUUUCGCCGACGAGCUUUCUUUGGUGGGCCUUCGUCAUACGUAUCCGCUGAAAAACCAGAACUAAACCCUAACCAUGUUGUUGAUAAGUCCAUUCAAUCAGAAGCAGUUCUGGAAAUGGCUCAAAGUGUAGCUAGCUGUGAAUAUGAAAAUGGUACCAGAUGGGGUUAUAAGAUGGGUUUCAGAUAUGGGUCACUAGUGGAAGACUAUUUCACAGGUUAUCAAUUGAAUUGUGAAGGAUGGGACUCUGUAUUUUACCAUCCAGAUCGGGCAGCAUUUUGGGGGGACAUUCCUAUCAACCUUGAUGAUGUGUUGAGCCAAAACAAAAGAUGGUGUGUAGGCUUACUUGAAGUGGCUUUCUCCAAACACAGCCCCAUCAUAUUUGGAACAAAAUCUAGAGGUAUUUUGAUGGGCUUAGCUUAUUCCCAUUUCGCCUUUUGGGGUAUUUGGUCUAUUCCGGUUACCAUUUAUGCUUUCAUACCCCAACUUACUCUCCUCAAUGGAGUUUCGCCAUUCCCCAAGGUAUCUGAACCUUGGUUCUUCUUGUAUGUAUUCGUUUUCCUUGGAUCUUACAUCCAAGACUGCCUAGAUUUUAUAUUAAUGGGAGGAACAUUUCACCGUUGGUGGAACGAUCAAAGAAUGUGGUUGAUCCGAGGAAUCUCAUCUUACUUCUUUGGAACCAUUGAUUUCUUCCUGAAGUCAUUCGGUAUAUCUACAUUUGGUUUCGAUAUAACUAGUAAAGUAAUAGAUGAUGAACAAAACAAACACUAUGAACAAGGAAUUUUCGAGUUUGGAGUUGCGUCACCUUUGUUUGUUUCAUUAACAACAGCAGCUAUCAUCAACUUCAUCGCCUUUUCUGUGGGUGUCACAAGAUUGAUUUUGGGACACAACAAAUUGGAGGAAAUUUGCAUUCAGCUGUUUUUAUCAGGUUUCGGGGUGGUCAAUUGUUGGCCAGUAUAUGAAGCUAUAGUAUUGAGAAAUGACAAAGGAAAAAUUCCUUUAAAGAAUACAAUUUUAUCUAGUGUUCUGGCGUUUUCUUUGUACUCAUUUUCUUAUUGUCUUACGUCUAAAAUAUGACCAGGGGUUGGUGGUAGUUUUGAGGUCUGUUGAAUAUUACACGGAUUCUUGCACAAGAACUAUCAGUACUUGAUGUUUUACUUAGAUCUUAUUUCUGACUUUUCUUUGAAAAGUAAUAGUUUCUCGUGGG